AUGGAGGACAUGGUGACCAAUGCUGAGAAGUCCUUCGGCCAGUUCUGCUCACUGCUGGCCGCCUACACCCGCAAGACAGCCCGGCUGCGUGACAAGGCCGACCAGCUGGUCAAACAGCUCAUCAACUUUGCCAAUACGGAGAACCCAGAAAUGCGGGCCACCCUGAAGAACUUCGCUGAGGACUUUGCCAAAGUGCAAGAUUAUAGGCAAGCUGAGGUAGAGAGGCUGGAGACCAAGGUCGUCAACCCCCUGAAGUUCUAUGGGGUGCAAAUAAAGCAGACCCGGGCUGAGAUCAAGAAAUUCAAAAGUGUCCGGAACAAUGAGAUCAAACAACUGGAAAAACUGGAGAAACUGAGACAGAAAUCCCCCUCGGAUAGACAGACCAUCGUAUCCGCAGAGACCAGCGUGCAGAGGGCCUCAGUGGAUGCCAGCCGUACUUCCCACCAGCUGGAGGAGACAGUGGACACCUUCCAGAAGCAGAAGCUGAAGGACAUUCAGAAAAUUUUUUCGGACUUUGUGACCAUUGAGAUGGUCUUCCAUGCCAAAGCAGUGGAGGUGUAUUCCAAUGCCUUCCAGACUCUGGAGAGCUAUGACCUGGAGAAAGAUCUGGAGGAUUUUAGAGCCAAGAUGCAUGGAGUUUAUGGGCGUUACGAUGCUCGGCCACCACUCACGGAUACCACCCUGUCCCCAGCUCUCCCAUGGUCUCUUGCCCAGAGUGCUCAGAGCACCAUACAGAGUCAGAGAAAGGAAGCAGUGAGUGAGGACGACUCUGCUGAGGAGGACCCCGUGGAGGACCUCAGGGGACAGGCACAGCGGCCCCAUCACCACCAGCAGACGUCAGCCACUCCAUGA